AUGCAGUGCUACACUGAGAUAGCCCCGCCCACCGCCGUCAGCCAUGCCAUCAGCCUGCCCUUCGUGCACUCUAGGUCAAACAACCUAGUCGUCGCAAAGAACUCGCUGCUCCAGAUCUUCGAGCUCAAGGCGACCACGACCGAAGUCACCCCGGGCGGAGGAAACGAGUCGGAGAAUGCCGCGGCCAACCUCGACACAGAGGCGGCCGACGUGCCGUUGCAGCGCACCGAGAGCACGGCCAAGCUGGUGCUGGUGGGCGAGUUCCCCCUCGCCGGCACCGUCAUAUCGCUGGCGCGCGUGAAAGCGCUCAACACAAAGUCAAAGGGCGAGGCGCUGCUGGUGGCGUUUCGGGAUGCAAAGCUCAGUUUGGUGGAGUGGGACCCGGAGACGUACAACCUCCAUACAAUAUCAAUACACUACUAUGAGAACCCAGACUUGCCCGGCAUUGCCCCUUGGUCCGCUGAUCUCAAAGACACGUACAACUUCUUGACGGCAGACCCCAGCAGCAGAUGCGCCGCCCUCAAGUUCGGCACCCACAACCUCGCCAUUCUGCCCUUUCGCCAGCGUGAUCUCGUCGAAGAUGACUAUGAUUCCGAUGCUGAGGCUCCCAAGGAGACCAAGGCUGAGCAGGCGGAUGGCGAGAAGAAGACCCCGUAUUCUUCCUCCUUCGUCCUCCCACUCACCAACCUCGACCCUACCCUUACCCACCCCGUCCACCUCGCCUUUCUGCACGAGUACCGCGAACCCACCUUUGGCAUAGUCGCUGCCUCGCGAGCCACCGCCCCGUCAUUACUCGCCCACCGAAAAGACAUCCUCACCUACUCUGUCUUCACCCUCGAUCUCGAACAAAAGGCUUCCACUACGCUCCUCUCAGUCACCGGACUGCCUUACGACAUCACGAGAGUAGUACCGCUGCCGUCUCCCAUUGGCGGUGCUCUGUUGGUAGGAGGAAACGAGAUCAUACACGUCGACCAGGGAGGAAAGACGAAUGGCGUGGCUGUCAACGAGUUUGCCAAGGCUUGUACAUCGUUCCCGCUCAGCGACCAGUCAGAUCUGGCCCUCCAAUUGGAAGGAUGCCAAGUCGAGCUGUUAUCGCAGGACACGGGUGAUGUGAUGAUCGUGCUCAACAGCGGACGCAUCCUCAUCCUUACCUUCACGCUCGACGGCCGUACUGUAUCCGGAAUGACUAUACAGACUGUCUCGGAAGACCAUGGCGGUCAAACCCUCAAAGCUGCCGCUUCAUGUACGAGUAAUCUCGGCAGAGGGCGGCUGUUCGUUGGAAGCGAAGACGGCGAGUCAGUAAUGCUAGGCUGGACUGGCUCAUCCACUCAACUGCGACGCAAGCAAACGAAUGCUGAUUCCGACGGCGACGAGGACAUGUCCGACGAGGAGGAUAUGGAUGAUAUGGAGGACGAUCUCUACAACGAUACGGCACCGGCGGUUCAAAAGAUUACGGCAGCUGUAUCUGAGCCCACGGCGCCAGGAACGUACACAUUCAGGAUUCACGACGUCUUGCCAAGUAUAGCACCGAUAAAGACCGCCGUCCUCCAUCCUGGCAAGGUUACCGAUUCUCUGAACAAGGGUGAGAUCAUGCUGUCUACGGGUAGAGGGUCGGCUGGAGCCAUCACUGCCCUUGACCGCGAACUCCACCCUGUCAGUAUCGCGACCAAAGAGCUUCCUUCAGCGCAUGGCGUCUGGGCUGUACAUGCUCGAAAGCAAGCCCCGGGAGAUGUCACUGCAGCGUUUGGCGAAGACACUGAAGCCAACAUGGCUACUGAUGUUGACUAUGACCAGUACCUGGUUGUCUCCAAAACCAUUGACGACGGCACUGAAACUACUGUGGUAUACGAAGUCAACGGCAACGAGCUGACUGAAACCGACAAGGGCGAUUUUGAGCGUGAAGAAGGCUCUACUCUCUUCGUGGGUGUGUUGGCCGCCGGCACAAAGGUUGUGCAGGUCAUGCGGACAGAGGUCAGGACGUGCGAUUCGGAACUUAAUAUGGACCAAAUCCUACCCAUGGAAGACGAAGACAACGGAAACGAGAUCAACGUCAUCAACGCCAGUUUCGCAGACCCAUACCUACUCAUCUUGCGCGAGGACUCCAGUGUCAAGAUCUUUAAGGCUACCGGUGACGGCGAGCUUGAAGACGUUGAAGCGACUGGGCUGACGGGAACAACAUGGCUUUCGGCCAGUCUGUUCAAGUCAUCUAGCUUCACGGAAGUGUUUGCCUUUCUCCUGACACCAGAAGGUGGCCUUCGCGUCUUCGCCAUGUCUGACAUGGAGAAGCCGUGUUACGUUGCUGAGGCGUUGAGCUUCUUACCGCCGGUACUAGCGAUGGAUUAUGUUCCUAAGCGGAGCGCGAUCAAAGCGACCAUCACCGAGAUUCUAGCAGCGGACUUGGGGGAUGCCACUACAAAGUCUCCACAUCUGAUCAUCCGCACUUCCAGCGAUAACCUCGUCAUCUACAAAGCUUUCCAUUCUCCAUCACGAUCUGCUUCCGAACUUUGGACUCAAAACCUGCGAUGGGUCAAGCUGUCGCAACAGCACAUACCAAGAUAUAUCGAAGAUGCAGGUUCCGAAGACCAACGGUUCGAAAGUACCCUGUUAGCGGUGAGCGACAUUUGCGGCUACAGUACCAUCUUCCAGCGAGGCACAACCCCGGUUUUCAUCUUCAAAGAGUCAUCAAGCGCACCACGCGUGAUUGGCCUUAGUGGUAAGCCUGUUAAGGGUCUUACAUCGUUCCACACAUCGAACUGCCAGCGCGGAUUUGCCUACCUUGACUCUACAGACACACUGCGCAUCUCUCAACUUCCGCCUCAAACACACUAUGGCCACCUCGGAUGGGCAACACGACGCAUGCCAAUGGAUGCAGAAGUGCACGCCCUUGCCUACCACCCGGCAGGGUUAUACGUUGUUGGAACAGGCCAGUUCGAAGAAUAUCAACUGGAUCCCAGUGAGACCUACCACUACGAACUGCCCAAGGAAGACAUGAGCUUCAAGCCCAAAAUUGAGCGUGGCGUUCUGAAACUACUAGACGAGAAGUCCUGGACGAUUAUCGACACACAUGUUCUGGAUCCACAGGAAGUCAUUCUUUGCAUCGAAACGCUCAACCUCGAAGUCAGCGAAGUGACACACCAGCGCAAAGACCUCAUCGCAGUCGGCACCUCGAUCGUCCACGGCGAAGAUCUUGCAACUAAGGGUUGCAUCCGUAUCUUCGAAGUCAUCACCGUAGUGCCCGAACCCGAUCGUCCGGAGACCAACAAGCGCCUCAAGCUCAUCGUCAAGGAUGAAGUCAAAGGCGCGGUGUCCGCUAUCUCUGGACUGGGCACCCAAGGCUUCAUGAUCAUGGCCCAGGGACAGAAGUGCAUGGUCCGAGGUUUGAAGGAAGACGGCACCUUGCUUCCAGUCGCGUUUAUGGACAUGCAAUGCUACGUCAGCGACCUGAAGAACUUGCCUGGAACGGGUAUGCUGGCUAUGGCUGAUGCAUACCGGGGUGUCUGGUUCACGGGGUACACACAGGAAGAGCCCUACAAGAUGUCUCUCUUCUCCCGCUCAAAGCAUAAUCUAGAAACCAUCGCGGUCGAUUUCCUGCCCUUUGACCAACAACUCCACCUCAUCGUCGCAGACGCAGACAUGAACCUGCAAGUCCUGCAAUUCGAUCCAGAUAUCAACUAA